UUAUCCGUCCUUUCGUAAUUUGAUUUCUCCUUCUCCCACAACUGGAUACAAUGGGAAGCAGCCACCAGUUGGAGUUCAAUCCUCCCUUUCACCUUUUCCAUUCCCACCUGAACAGAAUCCCAAUUCCCACCUCCACAACCAAUUCCUUUUCCUCUUCAAAAGCAGCAGCAUCUUCACUCUCUCUUCAUCGGAAAUGCUCGCCGAAUCGGGCUUUACUCUAUCUUCUUCUGGGCUCUUCUCUGCCCAUAUCCGAAGCAGACCCUCUAUCUCUCUCUCAUCUUCAAGACUUCCCUCGUCUCAGUCGACCUCUCCUCAUAACAAGCCUUCCCUCCAAUUAAUCGGCCCUCAACGGCUAUCUCUUCGCCGCAAGCUUUUUAUUCUCUCUCCAAAGGCAACUGAUCAGCAAGGCCAGGUUAAAGAAGAUGAUGUCAUUGACAGUAAAAUGUUGCAAUAUUGUAGCAUAGACAAGAAAGAGAAGAGGACGUUGGGGGAGCUUGAACAAGAUUUUCUUCAAGCACUACAAGCAUUCUAUUAUGAGGGAAAAGCUAUAAUGUCAAAUGAAGAAUUUGAUAAUCUCAAGGAAGAACUAAUGUGGGAAGGAAGCAGCGUUGUUAUGCUAACUUCAGAUGAACAGAAGUUUUUAGAAGCUUCAAUGGCUUACGUUGCUGGGAACCCCAUAAUGACAAAUGAGGAGUAUGACAAAUUGAAGAUGAAACUUAAGACGGAAGGGAGCGAAAUUGUAGUUGAAGGUCCGCGGUGCAGCCUUCGUACCAGAAAGGUUUACAGUGACCUGACUGUUGACUAUUUCAAGAUGUUUCUAUUGAAUGUUCCAGCUGCUGUAGUUGCACUGGCGCUUUUUUUCUUCCUGGAUGAUUUGACGGGAUUUGAGAUCACAUUUCUAUUAGAGCUUCCAGAGCCGUUCAGUUUCAUUUUCACAUGGUUUGCUGCUUUGCCCCUCAUACUUUGGAUUGCUCAAUCAAUCACAAAUGCUAUUGUGGAAGACUUUUUGAUUUUGAAGGGCUUGUGUCCUAACUGUGGUACAGAAAACGUCUCCUUCUUUGGAACCAUUCUGUCAGUGUCUAGUGGUGGUUCCACCAAUAAAGUUAAAUGUUCAAAUUGUGGCACUGAGUUGGUAUAUGAUUCUGGAACACGCUUGAUUACACUGCCGGAGCCAAGUGAAGCUUGAGUAGAGCAUCUUCUGUGCAGAUGAAGUGGAAAAAGCGUGAGGUAUAUGGUUGUAUGGACCAUGUAAUGUCGGAUUGUUGAUAUGUAUAUUUUUCACCACCUUAUUUGCUGCUAAGAAAUAUGUAUGCUCAUAGUAGAAGAAUUAUUCCAUAAAAUCAAGCUGUUAAAAGUAUUGUGUUCCAUUUUGCACAAUCCUAUUACACUGGAAAGUCGAGUUCCCCUGAUCUCUCCCCAGUAUCUGUAAUCUCUCCUUUCCCCCUCCCCUCUCCCGAACAACUUCAGGCUUACUUUUAUCACAAUAAAGUCUGAAUGUCCUUAUAAUA